CCUUUCUUCCCUCAUAUAAAUCAUAUACUUGGAAAUCUCCUCGGCCAGAGAGAGAGAGAGAGAGGUAGAGUGAGAGGGAGAGAAAGUGAAAGCAAAAAAUGGUGUCAGGAUCGGGAAUCUGCGCGAAGCGGGUGGUGGUGGAUGCUCGGCACCACAUGCUAGGUCGGCUGUCGUCGAUCAUAGCGAAGGAACUCUUGAACGGACAAAAAGUGGUGGUGGUGCGUUGCGAAGAGAUAUGUUUGUCAGGUGGACUUGUUCGUCAGAAGAUGAAGUACAUGAGAUUCCUUCGCAAGCGUAUGAACACUAAGCCAUCUCAUGGUCCCAUCCACUUCCGUGCCCCUGCCAAGAUCUUGUGGCGCACUGUUCGUGGAAUGAUACCCCAUAAGACCAAGCGUGGAGCUGCUGCACUUGCUCGAUUGAAGGCUUAUGAAGGAAUCCCUCCACCAUAUGACAAGAUGAAGAGGAUGGUUAUCCCUGAUGCUCUCAAGGUGUUGAGGCUUCAGAAGGGUCACAAGUACUGCUUGUUGGGUCACCUAUCAUCUGAGGUUGGAUGGAACUAUUAUGACACCAUCAGGGAGCUGGAGAAGAAGAGAAAAGAAAGGGCUCAGGUGGUUUAUGAGAGGAAGAAGCAGCUGAACAAACUUAGGGUGAAGGCUGAGAAGGUAGCAGAUGAGAAGCUUGGCACCCAACUAGACAUCCUUGCUUCCGUCAAGUACUGAGUAGUCAGUAGUUAGUUUCAUACAAUUUUGUUGAGGAUUGUCUCGAAUGUGCUUUCAGUUUUUAUGUUUCAAGACCUUGAAGCUGAGAAUUUGAUAGAACUUGAGCAGUUACCUUUUUUUUUUUCCCUGCUUGUGGUUGUAGAAUGAUUUUGUUAUACCUUAAGAUAUACUGGUAUUUUUGGUUGA